CCUCUAGCUGUGGAGAUGCUGACGGAAGAUCUGCCCGCCCUGCUGCAGAACCUUUUGGUUGGCAUCGAGCGGGCGAUCAGCCGCGUCCCGCUGGAGGAUCUGUCCUUUCCAUCGGCACCUGGUCCCAUCGUCGAUGGAGGCACCAGUGAAGAGCUGGACACCGCCGACGCUACCGAUGAGAAUGGUGAACUGGCGGAACCGGGUCGUGGUCACUUUGGUGCGACACCCGGCACACCCAAGCUCGGUCAGCUGCGACGUUCGCGCGAACUGAUCACCAAAAACAACAAGCCGUUAAUCAACAGUAAGUACACGCAGCUCAAGCGGCACCCGCUGGUGACCGUCGUUUCCGGUGCCAACCUGUCAACGGCCGCCAGGGCAACGCCAGCGGCGACGACGACGACGACCACGGCGCCGGCUAACGCCAAUGCCAAUCAAAAUGGAGGAAAAAGUGAAAAUGCUCCACAAAUCGGCAUCAACACCGCCACCGGCGGCAAUCAGCGUAAUGACGGCCUAAGCGUAACCAUCUGUGACACCGGUGGGGAUGAGGGGGGCGGUGGUGGCAGUGGUGGACAUGCAGGAGAUAAUCAGCAAUCAGCAGCGCAAGCCGUGGGAUCAAUGGCGGCCGCGGCAACCACAGGGAUGCCACUAUUCUGUCUUGGAGGCUCCUUUCCACACAUCGACAGCGACGAAGAGAGCAGUGACGAGCAGAAGAAGUGUGAACCAGCACCUCAUUUCCCGCACGAGAUCCACGCCCCACGAUCGAUUCGCGAGCUGCCGGAGAAACUCUUGACAUCAGGAAUCUCAAUACCAGGAACGCACGAUCGCUCCGGAUCGCCGAUCAUCUACAUCGAGGUGGCGAAAACGCUAGCAUCCGGGCUGAACUGUUACGAAAUCGCGACGGUGCUACUGUACUACAACACCCUGCCGAUCCAAAGACCUGCCCAUUACACGCUACAUCUGCUGGUGAACGAGAGCGCCCAGCUCGCGUUCCUCGACACGAUCGAAAGUACGCUGCAACUGCUCGAUGGACACCUGAAGCUAUCCGCCGUGUUCGUGUCUGGCUCGUAUGAUGCACCGGAUCCAGCUCACAACGGUGGUGGCGUGACAAUUCCGAGACCUCCUCUAAAGGAACACCUCCGACCGGGUAGCGUGCGCGUGCGCUAUCUCAACAACGAAACGAUCAAGAACUUCAUCAGCACCGACAACCUGCCGAUCCAGUGUUGCGGCUUCUACGUGCACGAUCAGCGCGAGUGGGUCGAUUUCUUCCAGCUGCUCGAACCACUUCAACAGCAGUGCGUGAAGACCGGCCGCCGGCUAGUUGCGGUGCUGGGUGAUCUGCGUGGUCUAGAUGGCCAGCAGCAGCAGCAGCAGAACAACCACCAGCAGCAACAACAACCUCAGCAACCGAAUCCGUUGGCACCGCCUCAGCAACAGGGCACGGCCACAACCCGCCGCCAACUGCACUCGCAACAUCGCGCCCUAAGCCGAGCGCUGAUGGACUCCGAGCUGCAGAACCUGCGCCACAAAGGACCAAACACCAUACAACGACUGCAGGACAAGCUGACCGUUAUCAACAACAAACAAACGCUUAAACAAACCAAAAAUUUAGUUAGAGCCUUUAGUGUAGAUAGUAGCAUGCGUAACGUUAUCGGAGCUAGUAUUACCGGCGGCACGGGCCACACCGUCGCGGCCAACGGUGCGGACAACCGGAUCGAGUACGAGUCGGACGUCAUCGGCGGGCGGUUGGCCGAAGUCAUCGCCAUCUACGGUGAGGUGGACCGGGCCGUGCGCAAACUCGAGCAGCUGACCGAGCAACGCCGGGAGCGGCUCCGGGAGAUGACACGCCAGCGAGCUUUGGACGACGAAAUCAACGAGGUUAUCUGUUGGAUACGCAACGAGGGUGAACAGCAGCUGCGAACGUUUAGCGAUCCGGGGGCACUCGAGUCACCGGAAGCGGCUCGCGAGUGUGAACAGCGGUUCGAGCAGUUCUACUACGUGGCCCGGAAGCACCUCGGCAAAGGGCGCGAUUUGUGUGACGCAUCCGGUGACCUGGAGAUCAUGCGUGACAACCUGAAGCUGCUGAAGGAUUGCGUGGAUGAGUUCCAAGAGCGGUUGGAGCGUGUUCGCGAACGGAAUGAAGGCGCUGCUCGGCUCCAUUCGCUCCUGGGUAUGCAACAGCUUAAGCUGGACGAUGAUAUCCGCGCGGAGAUGUUGAAGCUGGCGGAAAAGAUCGAUGCUCCGAUCAGGCUGGUUGAACGAUGUCGCCGUCUACUGCUGCCUCCAUCGGCAGGUGAUUCCAUCGAGACCUCAUUACCGUGCGCACCUACCGAUGAUCAGUCCUUGAGCGAUCAAUCGGUGAACAACACCACCACCUCGAGUAGUAGUGGGCCUCAUAACCAACAGGUCCUCAACAACAACCACCACCAGCACCAUAACAACAGUACCAGUGAUAACAUAAGUCUAGAUAUAAGCAUGUCCGACGACACGAUCACGGCCACGAGCACGCCGGAAAAGGGCAAGUUUGGCCAUUCGCUUCCGCCACCACCACCUCCUCAUUCACUGCCAACGCUCGCCACCGAACCAUCGGACGGGCAUCGUCGCCACAGUCAGGAUCAUCGUCACACCGAUCACCAUCAGCGGCACCGGCAGGAGUCCUCGGAGAGGCAGGAUCAGACGACGGUGCGACACCAGCGGCAUCACCACCAUCAUCACUCGCACCACCAGCGGCACGAGGAGGAAGACGAAGAGCUCUCGAAGAUGGCCGAUUCCGGGUUGGGUGGGUGCGAUCGGUGCGAUGGAAAUGCCAAGCUGGAGCGAACGUGCUCCUGCCAGAGCUUCGAUGAUCCCAAGAAUGUAUGCAACAACAGUGACGAUCUGGAUGAGGAUUGCUUUGAGGGCAUCUCAAAACCGCCCCUGGAUCUGCAGAUACCGCUGCAAGCGAAUGCGCACCUGUACUGUCACGCUUCUAACCUGCAGCUGGAUUAUGAAGAGAACAACCCGUUCGACAAGAAGACACAAAAGACGCUUCUAUUGAUCAUGCGGGAAAUGAUUGGCACAGAACGCGACUACGUCCGAUCGCUCCAGUACGUCAUUGAAAAUUACACGCAAGAGCUGUUGCGUGAGGACAUUCCGCAGGCCCUGCGCGGCCAGCGUAAUGUCAUCUUCGGCAACAUCGAGCGCAUCUGCGAGUUCCAUCGGCAGCAUUUUCUUAGCGAGCUGGAAAGCUGCGAGCAUCACCCGCUGAAGGUCGGCACCGCAUUCCUGCGCCACGAGUCAAAGUUCUAUCUGUACGCCCUGUACAACAAGAACAAGCCGAAGAGCGACUCGCUGAUGAGCGAGAACGGCACGCAGUUCUUCAAGGCGAAGCAGAUCGAGCUGAACGACAAGAUGGACCUGGCCUCGUACCUGCUGAAGCCGGUCCAGCGGAUGGGCAAGUACGCGCUGCUCCUGCAGCAGCUGAUGAAGGCGUGCGCCGAGGUGCAACACACCAACAGCAACCCGGAGAUCCUGGAGGAUCUGGAGAUGCUGCAGAAGGCCGAGGAGAUGGUGCGGUUCCAGCUGCGCCACGGUAACGACCUGCUCGCGAUGGACAGUCUGCGGGAUUGCGACGUGAACGUGAAGGAGCAGGGCCGGUUGCUGCGCCAGAACGAGUUCCUCGUGUGGGAGGGCAAAGCGGGCAAGAAAUCCCUCCGGCAGGUGUUCCUGUUCGAGGAGCUGGUUCUGUUCAGCAAAGCGAGGCGAUUCCCCGACCGCAAGAACCUGGAUAUCUACAUCUACAAGAACAGCAUCAAAACGUCGGACAUCGGGCUGACGGCGCACGUAGGCGAUUCACCGUACCGGUUUGAGAUUUGGUUCCGGAAGCGCAAACCCGGUGACACGUGGACACUGCAGACGAUGAGCGAGGACGUAAAGAACGCAUGGACGGAGGAAAUCUCGAAGCUGCUGUGGAAGCAGGCGAAACGCAACCGCGAGAUCCGUCUCGCCGAGAUGUCCUCGAUGGGCAUCGGUAGCAAGCCGUGCCUGGACAUCCGCCCCAGCCAGGAUCAGAUCAACGAUCGUUCCAUCAGCUUUUCGCAGCUCGGAAAAGCUCCCAAACUGCGCCACUCGUUCAUGGGCACGUUGCCAGAGUCGAAAUCGAGCAAACGCCCGCAAUCGAUCAUCUCCGUCAGCUCGUCCUCGUCGGGCAGCUCAUCCGUCAGCACUGGUACCAGCUCGACGACGAGUGGCUGCGAAGCAACGACGGUCAGCGUAAGCGGCAACAGCAACAGUUCGUCCGCUUCAUCCUCCGCCGCCAGCAACACGAGCAGCAGCAGUAGUACCACCAGCAGCACCAGCAGUAGUAGCAGCGUAGGCGGCAAUAACAACAACGCAAACAGCAACAACAACACCACCACCACCAGCAUCACAACCACCUGCAAGCGGUUGACACUCAGCAUCACCGACCCGAAUGCACCGGCACCCCUUAAGACGAGCUACAAGAAGCAUCAGCGAUCGACGACCCUCGUGAGCCAAUGUUCUAUGGAGAGUGGCAUCAUAGCUGAUAUCUCGCUCAGUCCCGACGAGGUGCUGGACAACCCGCACUGGCCGCAUCACAACCACCAUCAACUACCAAAGCACACCACCCUGAAGAAAACACUCAGCCUGGCGUCCUCAUCGCACGGUUCCGGUCCUGUUUCGUUACCCUUACCGGCAGUCCCGGUUGAGGAUGGCGUCACUACCGGCAAACAGCUGGACGAUGGUGGCAAAGCAAACGGAACACCCGGGCUGAACGCCGCGAGCAGCAACACCAUCACCGUUCACCUGUAGAAGGACCUGCCGUUCGUCCAGGUUCCAUCACAUCCGUCUUGUACAAAUAGCGCAAAAAAAAACCCGUCAUUUCUGGUCCGUCGUGUACGUGCGUGUAAUUGCUAAGAUGGCGAGCUGCUAGUUAUAAUUGUUACUACUCCUAAUCUACUACCUUUGCUAUUACACAAUUUCUCCCUUUCUUUGUGGUGAGAAAUGCGGUACUCGUCGGUCAUCAUUGCUAUAUUCAUUACUGUUAUGAUAAGUAUUAUUACUCUUACUUUUACUCCUGCGUUUGGGCAGCUAUCGUUUAUGUAGAUGCUUUAGACGAGCAGGCGAUCGACGAUCGAGAAGCGCUAGGAAAUGUACAUGUAAGGUACGGCUGCCGGUAGCUAACGCGCGUACUAAAGUAAGCUUACAUCCACUCUGUUGACAUUAAAAUGAGAGGAAAAACCCUAAAUCUAAUCGAAAAAAGGAGAGAAAAACAGGAAGACAAAAAAAUAAUGACGACGACGAAAACUGGACAUUUGAUAAGGCAACUUAACGUGAGAAGUAAUUUAUUGUACACACUAGCAGGUUAAAUUAUGUUCUUUAGCGAGAAGGAAUUGAUAGUCUAUAGCCGGGCGCGUGUUUGUAUCCCGUACGAUGUUGCCGGCCAUCGUCAGAAGCGAAAAAAAAAACAUGUAAAAGCAUAGGAUUUCACCCGCGAACUUUGAGCAGCGACGGUCAGGCCGAGCAAAAGAAUGCUCCUGACUGCAGGAAAACUAGUUUAGUGAAACGUCCCGCGUAUUUCACAUCCCCGUACGUGCUAUGUUUAUUUUUCCCUCUUUCUUCCAUUCGUGCUUUUGUUGUUUUGAUAGUGACGCGCUGAUUACCGCUUGCUGAUUCCCCCCGGGAAAGCAUCCCAAGCGCGGCACCAUUUCGAUAAGAAUAUAUAGUAUUUUAUUUACCUGUAA